AUGAAGAGAUUGCUGCGCAGCCAUGGACUGCGACGGAGCACCGGUUUGUUGGAGCAAAGAAUCAGCCCAGCUGCUGUCCAUGUAGCCCAGUCACCGGUGCAGCAAGCCGCUGCGUCCGCGUCCCGGAUGCAACUCCCUCAACGGUGGCGGGGCCGUGUCUCGCCGUUGACCUCGUUCAGCCCUUUUGUUGCACCAGGAACGAAGCUGGGCAUCCGGAGCAUGGCAUCCAGGGGCAGUUUGUAUGAUGUGUUGGGGGUUUCUCCUUCAGCCACACAGGCGGAAAUCAAGAAAGCAUAUUUGUCGGAGGCGAAGAAGUGUCAUCCUGACUUGAAUCCAACGGCUGAUGCCAAAGAUCGUUUUCAGAAACUGGCUGAAGCCUAUGAAGUCCUGGGCAACUUGGAACGACGGGCUUCCUAUGAUUAUUCCCUGCGCACCGGAUCUACCUACACAACUUACAGCGGUGCUCGACGUUCAAAUUCCCCACCUGGUGGGGGUCAGCACAUGGAUCCUGGUGAAGUCUUUCGUGCUGUUUUUGAGGAGCUGGGUGUUGACGAGAUCUUAGAACGCCUCCGAACCGUGCAGCAAGAGGGGGUGGUGGCUGCCAACGCCGCACAAGCGGGGAACUUUACCCCGGCCAAGCAAUUCGUGUGGAAACACAAGGGAGUUGCAGCGGCUGUGCUGCUGCCACUCGCCAUUUUGUUUCGCUUUCCUCAAAUCAUCAGUAUCUCCUUUCGCAUCCUGGGCUUGGCAGCGGCAUCCUUGCUGCAAAGUCCAGCACUGCGCGAGAUGGUCUCCAGAUGGGUUUGGUUACAGUGGCGACUGCUAGUGGCCCGCGCCCAAGAAAGAAGAAAGAAAUAA